AAGGCGGGCUUUACUGCCGGCGCGGACCCAAUAGGGAGGCGAAAGGCGCCUCGGCGCGGCACGCGAUUGGCUCUUCUGCCCUCAGGGGGAGGCGGGACGAAAAGAGCGACGGCACGGAGCGGCCGAGGUCAUCCGUUCUGAAUUUAGCUCACUAGGAUAUGGACGAAGAAUUAUUAACUCAUUAUCAGAGUUCUGGCUUUGUUGUGGAAUCUUCUAUUUGCAGUUAUUCUUCUGGCUGCUUGGUUGCCCUGAAGAUUCCUCGUUGAGUCCGUAUAAAGUUUGAGCAACAAUGAGUUCUUGGAGUCAAGAAAAAGGUAAUUCUCCUUUUUGGGAAGAGCGUACGUUUUAUUUACUUCUCCAAGAAUGCAGCAUUAUAGACAAACAGACUCAAAAGCUGUUGAAAGUACCAAAGGGGAGCAUCGGUCAGUUUGUUCAAGACCGCUCUUCCGGAGGACACGCCAGGAGCAACCCUGCAUCCAAAAGCAAAAAGAUGCAAAUCGGAAUCAAGAUUUUGGAGCAGCCUCACGCGGUCUUGUUUGUGGACGACAAAGAUGUUGUUGAAAUUGACGAGAAACGAGCAGAGUUGCUGUUGGCCAUUACCAAUUGUGAGGAAAGAUACAGUAUAUUUAAAAGCAAGGGCAGGCUGAGUAAGGGCCUCCACAUUGAAGUCGGGUCACCGGUGAAAGUUCAGCUGAGAUCAGGAGAAGAAAAAUAUCCUGGCGUUGUCCGCUUCAGAGGACCUCUGAUACAAGAGAGAUCGCUGUCUGGGAUUUAUUUUGGAGUGGAGCUUCUGGAAGAAGGUCGUGGGCAGGGUUUUACUGAUGGACAGUACCAAGGCAAACAGCUGUUCAGAUGUGACGAGGACUGUGGAGUGUUUGUUGCACUAGACAAGCUAGAGCUGAUGGAAGAUGAUGACAAUGAACUGGAGAAUGACUAUGCAGCUCCCAUUGACUCAAUGCAGGUAGACCUUCCGCCUUUGGAGCUCAACUCCAGGGUUUCUGUGAAGAUAGGGAAGAAUAUAGAGUAUGGGACAGUUAUAUUCUGUGAUGUCUUACCAGGAAACGAGAGUUUAGGAUACGUUGUUGGAGUGGACAUGGAUAAUCCAAUUGGAAAUUGGGAUGGAAGGUACAAUGGACAGCAGCUCUGUAGUUUUGCAAGUGUGGAAAGCACACUCCUCUUGCAUAUCAAUGAUGUUAUCCCAGAGGCUGUAUCUCAGGACAGGAGACCUCCAAAACUUGCCUUUACUGCUCGGAGUGGCUGUGAUAAAGGGUUUGGUCACAAUAAGCCAAAAUCAACAGGUGCACUGCCUGAUCCCGGAAGCAGAAGCAGAUCAGAGUUUUUCUACACCUUAAAUGGCUCUUCAGUAGAUUCUCAACCACAGAUGAAGUCCAAAAACACAUGGUAUAUUGAUGAAGUGGCCGAGGACUCUGCGAAAUCGCUGAAUGACUCCUCUUCCGGAUUUGGCCAUUCUUCGCCACCGCUGCAGCCACCCCCAGCCAAUACUUUGUCUGCAGAAAAUAGAUUCCACUCCCUGCCUUUCAGUCUGACAAAGAUGUCCAGCAAUAACAGUGGGAUCGGACACAGCCCACUGUCUUUGUCGGUUCAGUCAGUGAUUGGGGAGGGGAAUGCCGGGCCGACCCAAGAGAGCCCACCCUCGGCGGCCACACCUGUCAACACGCAUGGGCUUGAAGCUGGUUCCUUGGCGGAAGUGAAAGAGAACCCACCUUUCUAUGGAGUCAUCCGGUGGAUUGGGCAGCCUCCCGGGGUCAAUGAAGUGUUAGCAGGACUUGAACUGGAAGAUGAAUGCGCAGGCUGUACUGAUGGAACAUUUAAAGGAACUCGCUACUUCACUUGUGCACCCAAGAAGGCCCUGUUUGUUAAGCUGAAGAGCUGCAGGCCAGACUCCAGAUUUGCUUCACUUCAGCCUGUGUCCAACCAGAUCGAACGCUGCAACUCCUUAGCUUUCGGAGGUUACCUGAGUGAAGUGGUUGAGGAAAACACUCCUCCAAAAAUGGAAAAAGAAGGCUUAGAAACAAUGAUUGGAAAAAAGAAAGGAAUUCAGGGUCACUACAACUCCUGCUACUUGGACUCCACCUUAUUCUGCCUAUUUGCCUUCAGCUCUGUUUUGGACACGGUCUUGCUGAGACCGAAAGAGAAAAAUGAUGUAGAAUAUUAUAGCGAAACGCAAGAGCUCCUGCGGACGGAGAUAGUAAAUCCCCUCAGAAUAUACGGCUAUGUAUGUGCAACGAAAAUAAUGAAGCUGAGGAAAAUACUGGAAAAAGUUGAAGCAGCAUCGGGAUUCACCUCUGAAGAAAAAGAUCCGGAAGAAUUUUUAAAUAUUUUGUUCCAUCAUAUCCUAAGAGUGGAGCCACUAUUAAAAAUAAGAUCAGCAGGUCAAAAGGUCCAGGACUGCUACUUCUAUCAGAUUUUUAUGGAUAAGAACGAAAAGGUUGGCGUUCCUACAAUCCAGCAAUUAUUGGAAUGGUCUUUCAUCAAUAGCAACUUGAAAUUUGCUGAGGCUCCCUCCUGCCUCAUCAUUCAGAUGCCCCGUUUUGGGAAAGACUUUAAAAUGUUCAACAAAAUCUUUCCUUCGCUAGAAUUAAAUAUCACGGAUCUGUUGGAAGACACCCCUCGGCAGUGCCGUAUAUGUGGAGGACUUGCCAUGUAUGAAUGUCGCGAGUGCUAUGAAGACACAGAAAUCUCUGCUGGCAAAAUCAAGCAGUUUUGCAAAACCUGCAACACCCAGGUUCAUCUCCAUCCGAAAAGGCAGAGCCAUAAAUUCAACCCUGUGUCGCUUCCGAAAGAUCUACCGGAUUGGGAUUGGAGGCAUGGCUGUAUACCUUGUCAGAAGAUGGAGUUGUUUGCCGUUUUGUGUAUAGAGACGAGCCACUAUGUGGCGUUUGUUAAAUAUGGCAAGGGGGAUUCAGCUUGGCUUUUCUUUGACAGCAUGGCGGACCGGGAUGGAGGCCAGAAUGGCUUUAACAUCCCUCAAGUGACGCCAUGCCCAGAAGUCGGCGAAUAUCUGAAAAUGUCCCUUGAGGAGCUGCAUUCACUGGACUCAAGAAGAAUUCAAGGCUGUGCACGGAGACUUCUCUGUGACGCUUACAUGUGCAUGUAUCAGAGCCCAACCAUGAGCUUGUACAAGUGAAGAGUUGUGUUCUCGGAAGUGAGGAGGUGCUUCCCAGUGACUAGACCGAGACCCCCUCCCGGCCCCCCAAGGAAGGCUCAGAGGGGCUCUCAGACACUUAGGCAUGCAUCUGUUGCCGGCGACGGAUGCUUCGGAGAGGGUGGAAACCCGAUGUCGACGCUGAAAAGAAGUGGCUGUUUUAAAGAAGGAAACAAAUAACAACCCUACAAUGCGGUGUUCUGUUGCUAAAGUACUAAAUAAGCAUUUUGCACUCUAGGAAGUGUUUGUGUGUGUUUAAGAAAUGAAGCUGUUAAAACAUUUAGGUUGCAUUUCAGGUGAGCUUGUGCACAUGAAAGAAAACUUGAGGUGUUUUCGGAAUCGCCACGUUGAAUGUUCUGCCUAGACCUCAUCCAGGGAACCACAAAGCCUAGGAAUUAGGUGACGGCGUGUGUGUGCGUGCGUGCGUAUGUUUAUCUGGCACUGUACAGGUUGUGCAGUCCGAACACUGAAUGAUGAUGACCUGUGUCUUGGUUUCAGUUUGCUUCUUUUAGACUCAGUUCAAGUUAUAUUGCAAAAGGAACAAAGCAUUUGCUGUGUGUUGCAUGUUGCGUGUGUGUGUGUGUAAAGGCAGGAACUGUCUGAUGGUGCCACUGUGUUCCCAUGGACCAAGAAUGCUCAGUGCUUCUCUUUGAUGCAAAAGGAUCCUUUUAGGAAACAGUUGUGGAUUCAGGUGGUAUAACUAUUUUACAGCUGCGGGCUGGUUUUGGAAUGGUUCUCCUACAUAGAUGUGUCCCAUUGUAUUGCGCCAUCUACACGAUUUUCCUCAAGUCCCCUCCAUGUACUGGAUAGAGUUUGCAAUCGCCUCCUGUGGCAGCCCUCGUAAAUCGUUCCACAACGUGACC